GACACGAGGACAAGCUCCAGCCGGCCAUCCCACCCUUGGCCACCUUGAAUAACAACACCCAAAAACGACGUCCAGGAGCCGGAAGCCUUUGCAAUGUCUGGACUGAGGGUUCUCGUGCCCAUCAAGCGCGUCAUUGACUAUGCAGUCAAGCCGCGCGUCAACCGGGCCCAGACGGCCGUCGAGACCGCCAAUGUCAAGCACAGCAUGAACCCGUUCGACGAGCUGUCAAUCGAAGAAGCAAUCCGCCUCCGCGAGCGCAAGGUCCCCAUCCAGGAAAUCGUCGCCUUCUCUGCCGGUCCCACCAAGUCGCAGGAUAUCCUGCGCACCGCCAUGGCCAUGGGCGCAGACCGGUCCAUCCACGUCGUUGUCGAGGAGAAGGACCCGCAGCUGGAGCCGCUCGGCGUCGCAAAACUGCUCAAGAAGGUUGUCGAGGAGCAAAAGAGCGACCUGGUCAUCCUGGGCAAGCAGAGCAUCGAUGACGAUGCAAGCCAGACCGGGCAGAUGCUGGCUGGGUUGUUGGGGUGGCCGCAGGCGACGCAGGCGAGCAAGGUUGACAUCUCGGACAAGACGGUUACCGUGACAAAAGAGGUGGACGGCGGUGUGGAGACAGUAAAGGCUAAUCUGCCCAUGAUCAUCACGACCGACUUGCGGUUGAACGAGCCGAGAUAUGCCAGUCUACCCAACAUCAUGAAGGCCAAGAAGAAGCCGCUAGAGAAGAAGACCCUGAAGGAUUACGGCCUAGAUGAGCAACCGAGGCUGAAGACGGUAAAGGUCACCGAGCCGCCACCACGGAAGGGCGGAGUAAAGGUCGACGAUGUCGAUGGCAUGAUCAGCAAGUUGAAGGAGCUUGGUGCCUUGUAGGUUGACGGG